AUGGCUUUCUUGACCAACGAAGGAGCCUUUUCUUCUACCCACCGAUGGAACUAUGAUGUUUUCUUGAGUUUUCGAGGUGAAGAUACUCGUUAUAAUUUUAUAGGCCAUUUAUAUAAGGCUUUGUGUGACCAGGGUUUUAACACCUUCAUCGAUAAUGACCUUCAAAGGGGAGAAGAAAUUUCAAUGGAACUUCUUAAAGCCAUUGAAUUGUCUAAGAUUUCAAUUGUUGUAUUCUCUAAAAAUUUUGCAUCUUCUACUUGGUGCUUGAAUGAACUGGUUAAGAUUUUUGAGUGUAGGAGUAUUGGCCAAUUGGUUUUACCAAUUUUUUACAAAGUGAGCCCAUUAGAAAUACGUAAUCAAGAUGGAGAGUUUGGGAUUGCACUAGCUGAACAUGAAGAAAAAUUCAAAGAUGACAUAGAAAAGAUUCAGAGGUGGAGGACAACUUUAACUGAAGCAGCUAAUUUGUCUGGAUUUCCUUACAAUGAUAGCUGCAUUGAAUCUGAAUUUGAGUUUAUCCAAAGAGUUAUAAAAGAGAUAUCAAGUACUAAAUCAAAUCCUAUGCCAUUAUUUGUUGCUAAAUAUCCAACUGGAAUAGAUAUUCGAGUGGAGGCCGUAGAAUUGCUUUUAGAUAUGGAGUUGAAUGAUGUUUGCAUGGUGGGAAUUUAUGGUCUUGGGGGAAUAGGUAAGACUAUGAUCUCGAAAGCAGUUUAUAAUAGAAUUGCUAACCGUUUUGAAGGAAGCUGUUUUUUAGAGAAUGUUAGAGAAAGGUCAAAGAUAAAUGGUGACAUAAUCCAACUACAAGAGACACUUCUUUCUAAUAUCUUAGAUAGAUAUUUGAAGGUGUACAGUGUAUUUGGAGGUACCAAUUUGAUAAUGGAAAGACUUCGUAGUAAAAAAGUUCUUUUAAUUCUUGAUGAUGUGGGUGAAUCAAAAGAGGUAGAAAAUUUGCUUGGAGAAUGUAAUUGGCUUGCUACCGGAAGUAGAGUAAUUAUAACAACAAGAAACAAACAUGUACUAACCACUUUGAGAAGAGAUCAUCGAGAAUACGAGGUUAAAAAAUUGAGUCAAGGUGAAGCUCGUGAACUUUUCAACCAGCAUGCCUUCCGAACAAGUAAAUAUGGGGAUGAUUAUUCAGAACUUGCAAAACAAAUUAUACGUUAUGCAGAUGGCCUUCCAUUAGCUAUAAAAAUAAUUGGAUUACGACAAGGAUGA